UCAAACUCCGUUAACCGCUCACCGUUGAAAGCUCAGAUGGCGUCGCCCCAUCACGGAACCGGAAACGUCCACCACGUGUCCCACGAAUCCCACACAGCUUCUCACCACCAUGGGAGCAGCAAUAAGCCUACUUAUAAGGUUUAUUGCCGCGCCGAGACUAACCACUGCCUCUCCAUUCGCAACGGCGAGGUCAUUCUCGCCCGUGCUAAUCCCUCCGAUCAACAUCAACACUGGUACAAAGAAGAGGAAUUCAGCACAAGAGUUAAGGAUGCUGAGGGGUUACCCAGCUUUGCUCUGGUGAAUAAAGCUACAGGGCAAGCCAUCAAGCAUGCAACUGGAAACACCCACCCGGUUAGGCUGACUGAGUACAAGGCUAAUCAUCUUGAUGAAUCCAUCUUAUGGACUGAGAGCAAGGACACGGGUGAGAACUAUAAAGCGCUAAGGAUGGCGAACAACAUUAGCCUGAACUUUGAUGCCUUCCAUGGUGACAAAGAUCACGGUGGUGUCCAUGAUGGGACUACCGUUGUUAACUGGGAGUGGACAAAGGGCGACAACCAGCGCUGGAAGAUUGUGCCCUAUUGAUCUGGGCUAGUGAGGGAGGAGGUGAUGCUUUCAGGUUUUGUGUUUUGUGCUUAUCUAAUUGUAUGCUUUGUGUGUGUGAAAUAUGACGGUGUUAUGGCUAAGCUUGAGUUGUUAGCGCUAUAGCCUGUGUAGUUUGAGCUCAUGUCACCGUAUAUGUAUAUCACUGUAAUAAAUGGAGACAGUAUUCCAUCCUGUAUUUUUGUAAUGUGUGUAUGUAAAACCCUAAAAGGAGGCCACCUCUGAUCUUCUGUUGUUAUGUACGUCAUGCAUGAAUAAAGAAUAAUAUGUUCUUCAGUUCUU